CGCUAGUAUAAUGGCGAACGUUGCUGUGGUAGUGCUCGAUAAUUACAUUUAUUUUAUUUAAUGUACAUUUAAAUCAAUUAAAAAUUGUGCAUAAAUGUAAAUAAAAUUAAAUUUUAGUUAAACAUUUUAUAUUUAUCAAUUAUUCCGUGUUUUUUUUUAAAUAAACAUGAGGAAUUUGAAGGGAUUGUAUUUUGUGCCAGUGUUUUUUUUGUGUGUAUGGUCAAGAAGUUUGCAUCAGGAAAACCAGAAUGCACCGCGACCAUCAUUCGAUGAACACAAUAAGGAACAUUGGAAGAUGCAGGCGCAAUGGAUUUUAAAAAAUAAGGUAUCCAGUACGUUAAACAAGAGGACAGCGAAGAAUGUAAUCCUGUUCCUUGGUGACGGCAUGAGUAUCACCACACUGGCCGCCACACGAGUCUACCUCGGGCAGAAGUAUGGCCAUAUGGGAGAGGAGUUGAAGUUGAGCUUUGAAGCCUUCCCUUAUACAGGUUUAGCGAAGACGUAUUGCGUGGACCACAAUGUAGCGGACUCAGCGUGUAGUGGUACCGCUUAUCUAACAGGCGUGAAGGCCAACAGUGGGACUGUGGGCUUGAGUGCUGCAGUCAAGCGAGGGGACUGCGAUGGACAGAGGGGGGGAAUACACGCCGUCACUGGCUUGAUAGACUGGGCGCAAAAAGCAGGAAAAGCUACUGGUGUGGUAACAACUACACGAGUGACGCACGCAACUCCUGCUGCAUCUUACGCGCACUCAGCUGAUAGGAGAUGGGAGGCGGAUACAGACCUUCCGCCUAACAGCCGCUGCGAGGACAUAGCACUACAGCUGAUAAGAGGGCGAGUGGGCAGCCAGAUUGAUGUUGUAAUGGGUGGUGGAAGAAAGAACUUUUUGUCUCGUACAUUGAAAGACUCUCAAGGCAAUCCGGGAUACAGAACCGAUAGCUUGGACUUGAUUAAAGAAUGGCAGCUCAAUAAGAAAUCGCGCGGUGGAACUCCAAAGUACAUUUAUAAUAGGACACAAUUACUGACACUUGAUUUUAGGGCUUACGAUAGUGUGUUGGGUCUUUUCGCAAGCGAUCAUUUACCUUACCAUUUGGAGGCGACUGAAGAUGUACCGGUACUAAGUGAAAUGACUCAAAGAGCUAUACAGAUGCUGUCAGCUAAUAAAAAUGGUUUCUUCCUCUUUGUUGAAGGCGGACGAAUCGACACUGCACAUCAUGAGACAAAGGCGCGUAAAGCGUUAGACGAGACGGCAGAAUUAGCCAAGGCUGUCGAGGCCGCUAUCAAGAUGGUGAAUCCUGAGGAGACCCUGAUCAUUGUGACGUCAGACCACAGUCACACCAUGACGUAUAGUGGAUACAGCAAACGAGGGACAGACAUAUUAGGAUUUACUAAUAGAUUGAAUGCAUCUGACAAUUUGCCGUACACCACACUGAGCUACGCUAACGGACCAGGCUACAAGCCACACGAGAAAUUCCAGAGACAUAAUCUUAUGGUGGACGACAUGAACAACCCCGACUUCACGUAUCCGUCUCUGGUGCCGAUAUCUCGAGAGACUCACGGCGGCGAGGACGUGGCGGUGUUCGCGAAGGGACCCUGGUCACAUCUCUUCACUGGGAACUACGAACAAAACUUUAUACCACAUGCGAUCGCGUUUGCCGCAUGCAUAGGACCUGGUUACACUUCUUGUAAAUUAUGAGUCUAGGUUUCAAGUUUGAGUUCUAAGUUCUGAUUAUAUGAGUUCUGAAUUUCGUUCUGAGUGUUAAGCACUGCCCUCUAUAAAUGGACUGGCUAUAAGACAUAGUAUUUUGUGCCUAUUUGAUUUUGAUGUGAUGUUGAUUCGAACUAAUAAUGAUAAAAAUAACUGUCCCGUAACAUAAACAGGCGCCUUUAAAUCGUAACAAAACAAAAGAUGACAUUCGGUCAUACAUUUAUAAAAAUCAGUGGUUCUGAGAUUGCAGUGUUUUGUUAUUUUUUUUUGUUUCUGUAACGUUGACAAUAUGACCUGCCGGUAUUUGUUUUGAAUAGAUAUCUAUCUUCUAUGAGUUUGUAUGUAUGUCAUUCAAUUGUGACUUUCUAUAACCUAAUUAUGAAACCAAUUUUGAUAGUACAGGUUUUAGGUACGAUCUCUUAGGUUUAUUGUUCAUUACUAUUUUUCUAGACUCAUGUUAUAAAAUAAAAAGCGUAAUCUAUUCUGAAGAGUAACAAAUAAUGCACAUAAAUACGUUUAAAAUCAUUAGCAG